AAUGCGAGACCGCACAUGGACAACGCCUUGCCUGUGAGAGACGUUGUUUAUCGUGAGUGUUCGCCCCCCGAACACGGACUCGUCGCAACUCGACGAGACUCGCGGACUCCGUCGGCGGCGGCGGUGAGGGGGGGCGAACACAAAAACCCCGCGAAACGGCCACGACCCUUCGCCUCAUUUGCAUUCCGCACGGCGGAUAAGCGCGAGCGAGCCGCGUCUGCGCUCCCCAUUGGACGGCCGCCCGCCGUAAAGGCGAUCGCGAUUGGCCGGUCGCGCGUGCGGGCUACGGUUUUUGUAAACGGCUUGUGCGGUGAAGGUUGUCGAGUUGUCGAGUUGGCGAUGUCGCUGUCCUUGAGCGGCGGCGUCUACCGCAGGAUCUUGACUCACCUCCCUCACGAAGUGAGCUUCGCCGUCGCCUACGGCUCGGGCGUCUUCCAGCAGCAGGGCCGCGCCGCCGAUGCCUCCUCGGCGAACACCAUGCUGGAUUUUGUGCUGGCGGUGGACAAUCCUCUGACUUGGCACACUGCCAACCUGAAGAGCAACCCCAAACAUUACUCGGCUCUGCGCUGGCUGGGACCACGGCAAGUGGUCCACCUGCAGGACAAGUACGGAGCCCACGUCUACUACAACACCCUGGUGCCCUGCGAGGGACGGACGAUAAAAUAUGGAGUUAUAAGCACCAAAAACCUGAUCGAUGAUCUGAUUCAUUGGAAGACGAUGUACAUUAGUGGCAGACUUCAUAAACCAGUGAAGGUUCUGAAACAAAGCAGUGAUAGCCGACUAGAAGCUGCCCUUUUGAGCAACCUGAAGAGUGCCAUCAACUGUGCUUUUCUGAUGCUGCCCGAGUCCUUCAAUGAGGAGGAGUUGUAUCUUGCCAUAACCAGACUCUCUUAUGCAGGCGAUUUCCGGAUGACUGUGGGAGAGGACAGGUCCAAGGUGGAGAAUAUAGUCAAGCCGAACGUUGAACACUUUCGCAGGCUCUAUGCGCGCCUCCUUCACGAGAACCCGCACGUGGUCUUCAAGCAGACGCAGGGCAAGCUCGAGCUUGACAAGAGCAUGGAGAGCCAGUUCUUACAGCUCAUGUCACUGCCGCGUACGCUGCAGCAGCAGGUGACUUUACUUGUGGAUCCCCCGGGUAGAAACCGCGACGUGGAGGAGGUGCUCUUGCAGGUGGCGCAGAACCCUGACUGUGGAAGUCUGGUGCUGCAAGGCAUUGUUCAAAUUGUGAAAUCUUCCAGUCUAUCUCAAAGCAUCAAGGGCAUUGCAACUGCAGGGUUGUUAAAAAGCAUUAAAUACAGUGCGACAAAAUUAGGGAAGAUGUUGAAGGGCUUUUCCAACAAAACGAAAUGAUUCACUGCAAUGACCUCAAGGCACAAGCGCAAGUUUGUAGUUUCUUCAAGAGGUCAUCCGUCAUGGGAAACAUCACCAGAAGAACUUCCCACCGAACAAUUUGAAUCACUCGCUGAACACACGAUCUUUUGCAAAACGUUCAAAUAGUCAAUUGCCAAUAUUUAUCUUAUAUAAACGUUGCAAUAUUUUGUAAGUUUUGUUUGAUUAUUUUGUACAUAAAUAAGCCUUGCCACGAAUUGAAAAAGUACCAUAUAAUGUGUCUUGACCUGGAAAUAAUGAUGUUCCUCCCUGAUUUGCUGUUGUAGUUUUGUAUAUUUUGCAUGGUUCAUAUUCUGUACUUGUAUAAAAAGAAGCACAUGUUUAUUUAUCAGCAUGCCACGAUGAAUUAUCAUGCUGUGGUUUUUGCUUGUUAUUUUACAUGGGUGUCAAGUGCUGGUUUUGUUUGAUGGCUCGGCCUCGAUGAAUCUUGGGAACAGUGCUUCGAGUGUUUUGUUUUGGCCAAUUUUUUUGGAAAGUUGACAACCUCAAGAAAAGUGCCAUUGUGACACAUAAGGCCUUUUUUUGUUUUAAGAACAUUUUCCUUCAAUAUGCUUUUGCACUUAAACCUGUACAUUAUAUUGUAUUUGGGCCUAACGUGGCCCAUUACACCUUUAGACCGUUCUGCAUUUGUGAAAUGGGAGGUUAAAAAUAUUGAGACUGUGAACAUUGGUGGGCACCACUGCUUUACAAUUGGGGGUGCGGGGGUAGCUAAAUCUCACUGGGAGGGUGUGAUGUUAAGAGAAAGGUGGUGGGUGGGAUUGUGGAUGGGUGGGCAGGAGGAAAGACUAGGAAAGACUAUGGGGUGGGUUGUUGCAAAUGUUAAGUAAGGGGGAAAAAAAUCUUGCCGAGGGGACGGAACUCGAGACCGAUUAAUUUAACGUGCAAAGGACACGAAUUUCAGUCCCCCUCUAAGGGCCUUUAACUUUGCCCAAACUGCAAUACAGUGCAUUACAUUUGUUAUGCGCUUUGCGUACAUGAUGUUUAACAGUACAAUGAUAUGUUAACUUGUAUUUUGCUGUUAAAAGUAAGUUACUCGACUCAUGCCUCCACAUCCACAGUAAUGUUAGUCCGGUGGCUAUUGCCUAUUGUUUACCUCUCAGUAAGCCAAGGGAGGGAGACUAUCCCCCCACUCUCCCCACUGCCUUCAUUGUGGUGCCUGUGUUUUGUAUUGCACAUUAAAUAUACAAAUAUUUGUCAUG